GAGGGAGCAAGGUGAUGUGGUCUCUCCCUCUCUGAUGCCAGAAUGAGAACUUACACCCGUGGGGCACCAACAGUGUUCUUUAUAAGUGCACUGUGGAUUCUAGUGUCCCCGGCUCUGGCUAAAGCGGACCCCAGCGGAGGCAUUACGUUCCUUGGAGGGAACUACGAGGGAACUCACCCCAUGCUGUAUUUUGGCCAGGCAGAGGUUGAGGAGCUGCAGCGGGCGGCGGUGGGGACGCACAAGGCUUUGGCCCGACAGAUCCGGGAGGCCGGGGAGGCCCUACUGGAGCGACCGGAGGAGUAUCUGCCCCCUUGGAACCCUACUGAGUUUAGUGCCCGCUGGAAUGAAGUCUAUGGGAACAACUUAGGCCUGCUCUCUAUGUUCUGCCUGCUGUACCCACACCGCGCAGGUGCACUGGACGUAGCCAAGGAAUACAUGGAACGCAUGGCUGCGCAGCCCAACUGGAUGGUUAAAGAUAUAAACAGAAGUCUUAAGGGUGUGGAUCGAAAUGAGGGAUACCUCCAGGAAGCGUACCUCUGGACAAAACAGGCUCUGGCCAUCAUGGAAAAGUCCAUGGUUCUUCUCCGAGAUGUGACUGAUGGGUCUCUGUACGAGGGUGUGGCGUAUGGAACUUACACCACUCGUUCACUCUUUCAGUACAUGUUUUUGGUACAGAGGCACUUUGAUAUCGGCCACUUCAAUCACCCCUGGCUGCACAAACACUUUGCAUUUCUCUACAGGACAGUGUUGCCUGGUUUUCAGAGAACGGUUGCAAUCGCAGAUUCCAACUAUAACUGGUUCUAUGGGCCAGAGAGUCAGUUGGUGUUUUUGGAUCGGUAUGUCAUGCGAAAUGGCAGCGGGAACUGGCUGGCUGAGGUAAUCAGACAGAAUCGAGUUCUGGAGGGCCCAGGACAGGCAGGCAGGGGUCAGCGCUGGUGCACGCUGCACACCGAGUUCCUCUGGUAUGAUGCCAGUCUGCAGCCCACCCCACCUCCUGAUUAUGGUGCAUCGCACCUCCAUUAUUUCGAAGACUGGGGAGUGGUGACCUACGGAGGUGCCCUGCCUGCUAGGAGAAACCACACAUUUCUGUCCUUUAAGUCGGGCAAGCUCGGGGGACGUGCUAUUUUCGACAUGGUUCACCAAAACAAAUACAAAGACUGGAUCAAAGGGUGGCGGAACUUUAACGCGGGCCACGAGCAUCCGGACCAGAACUCCUUUACCUUUGCUCCGAAUGGAGUCCCGUUUAUCACAGAGGCAUUGUACGGUCCCAAAUACACCUCUCUCAACAAUGCCGUCAUGUUCGGGCCUGCCGUGUCGGAGAGCUGCUUUGCACCAUGGGAAGGCCAAGUUACAGAGGCUUGUAACUCUAAAUGGCUUAAGUACAAGCACGGUCAAGCGGCAGACUGCCAGGGGCAGGUGGAGGCGGCUUUGGAGCGGCAGGGAAUGGUGUUUAUUCGCGGGGAGGGUCACGGCGCUUACAACCCUGAGCUGAAGAUCAAGAGUUUUCAAAGGAACUUACUGCUGCUUCAUCCUCAGCUGCUGCUGAUGGUCGACCACAUUCAGCUGCAUUUAGGCAGCGUGACAUGCAGCAUGAGUGCCUUCUUCCACAACACAGACAUGCCCUUUCAGGAAACCCAAGUCGACGGAGUUCACGGUGCUCUGAUCAGACACGGAAACGAAACGUCCAGGAUGUUCUGGUUGGACGAUACGGGCAGCAGUGAAAAGGCAACAGUGGGAUAUAGGAGUUACCCCCGUGGAUACCCCUAUAAUGGUUCGAAUUAUGUAAAUGUGACUAUGCCACUGAGGCACCCUACCAGCAGAGUGGCCUACAUCUUCUUCGGAUCCGGAGUGGAUGUUCAGAGUUUCAGUGUGCGUGGCGACUCAAAAACACUGGACAUCUAUCUGGCCACCGGAGAUCACACCUACACCAUCUAUCUGUACACAGAUGUGGUUCCCACCAAGCCUAUGGCCAUGGUGUUGAUGGACCAAAAGAAAGUAGUGUUUGAAAGGACAGCAGGGACAAAUGAGCAGCCCUUGGAGGAGGUAGAGGAAUACAUUAAUGUUGUGGAGGACAAUCUGCAGCAUGUCAAACCAGUCUUCCAGCAGCUGGAGAGGCACAUCCUUUCACGGGUUCUCAACACGGACAGUUUCCACAAAACUGCAGAGCGCCUCCUAAAGUCCUCGGACAAGAGGAAGACUCCAGGGACUGUGGAGAAGAUGUUUUCCCUUUCUAAGAAGCAAGGGAAGGGGAAGGGAGGCAAGAAGGCGAGCUUUUCCGACAGCCUCCCAGACAUCUUUGCUCAGAUCGAGGCGAGGGAGAAGAAGGAGAGGCAGAGGACGAUGAAGCGCGUCUAUGAGGAGGCUCCGGAGGAGACCGGCGGCGACUCGAGGGCAUUCAUCGAUUACAGUGAUUUACGAAAGGGCAGGAAAGUGGGAUUUGUCAAGGGGCGGAAAUUCAAAGAAGUACGUGUGGGGGCUACGGCAGAGAGCGACAAUAUGUUCAACGCCACCUCGUACAUUCGCCUUUUCCUGAUUUUAAAUAUAGCCACUUUCUUCGUCCUGCUGGCGGUGCUGAUGACGCGCUUCCAGAGGGCGCAGAGUUUGCAUACGCAGCGUUGUCUUUACUGCGUCCUCCUCAUAGACAGCUUCAUCCUGCUCUGUCUGUACUCCUCCUGCUCUCAGACGCAGUGCUGACUAACAUCAACCCUGUGAGACGUUCAGAAUGGAGCUCUUUGACCAAAUUUUGACAUCAAUACUAUGGGAAAAUAACCCUGUUUGCAGCAGCAGUGCAUACAAGUGAUAGCAUGUGGCUCUUUCUCACAGGCACAGUCUCGUCUUUACUGUGAGAUGCGUGGAAGUGUCUUUAUUCAGCACAGCUCUGAGUCAGUGCCAGCCAACAGGUGUCUGGGAAAAGUUGAUUCCGUAUAGGAAUUAAUAGAUGUUGCGAAGAUAGCCAGCCCACCUCAGAUCAAAAGCUUUUGUGGAGCUUUGAAAUAGUUUACAUGAACUUUGUCUUGAAGUACACUCUUUAAAAUAAAGGUGCUUAAAAGGUUCUUCACAGCGAUGCCACAGAAGAACCAUUUUUGGUUGGCGACAAAUAGAACCAUUCAGCCAUAGGUUCUUUAAAGAACCAUCUCUUUCUUACCUUUUUAUAAUCUGAAGAACCUUCUUUCACCAA